AUGACUUUCGGCUUCACACUGGAUUUCCAGUCCGUCCUUCAGACCCUUUCGGUUCUCCACUGGAUCCCCCUCUAUGUGGUGUUAGGAGCGAUCCCCAUCAUUCUUGUGCCUGUCCUGCUAUUCACUAACUACUGGAUGCUGUCUGUGCUCACCUUAGGCUGGCUCAUGUAUGACUGGAAAACUCACAGUCGAGGCGGCAGGCGCUCAAACUGGGUGAGGAACUGGACCCUUUGGAAGUAUUUCCGAGAUUACUUUCCUGUUAAGCUGGUGAAGACUUGUGAGCUCUCCCCGAGUCACAACUACAUCAUUGCUGUCCACCCCCAUGGGAUCCUCUCCUAUGGGGUCUUUUGCAACUUUGGCACAGAUUCCACUGGCUUUUCGCAGCUUUUUCCUGGGAUCACCCCCUCUCUUGCCACCUUGGAAGGGAUUUUCUGGAUCCCACUUGUCCGGGAGUAUGUGAUGGCAAAAGGCAUAUGCCCAGUGAGUCACUCCGCCAUGAAGUACUUGCUAACAGAGAUGGGCUCAGGCAAUGCUGUGGUGGUGGUGGUGGGGGGAGCAGCUGAAGCCCUCCUGAGCCACCCUGGAAGUAACAACAUCAUCCUGAAAAAUCGCAAAGGCUUCGUGCGGCUGGCCUUCCACACAGGGGCGUCCCUGGUCCCUUGCUAUUCCUUCGGAGAAAAUGACGCUCACAAACAAGAGGUCUUCCCUGAGAGCACCUGGCUGGGGUUUUUCCAGAACUCUUUCCAGAGGAUAGCCAAGUGCAUCCUGGGCCUCAACUUCUGUACGUUCCAUGGUCGGGGCCUCACCAGGGACUCCUGGGGCUUUUUGCCUUUCAAUGUUCCCAUCACUGCUGUUGUUGGGGAGCCCCUACCGAUCCCCAAGAUUGAGAACCCGAGCAAGGAGAUGGUGGACAAAUACCACACCCUGUACAUCAAGGCCCUGCGGAAGCUGUUUGAUGAGCACAAGGCCCGAUAUGGGAUCUCAGAGACCCAGGAGCUGGAGAUCUUGUGA